UCAAAAUCGUCACUUGUCAACGAAUUACACUGUAGCUUUCGUUAUACUUUUCAUUUUCAGUUUCAAAUAGCACUGAAGCUUCACUCGAACACUGUAACUGCUUGUUUCCGUCAGUGAACGGCGAUGAUAAACGCCAUAACCUCCGCAAACGCACCGUUCCCUAUCAACUUAUUUUCCAGAUCCAGGUCGAACUACCGUCCAAUCAGAUGCUCCGCUCAAUCUCUUCCUCUAGUUGACAAUGCAGGGAAGUUUAUCGAAGCUUCGAAGAAAGGGAACUUGAUUCCACUAUACCGUUGCAUAUUCUCCGAUCAUCUCACUCCGGUUCUUGCUUACCGGUGUUUGGUCAAAGAAGACGACAGAGAUGCUCCUAGCUUUCUCUUUGAGGCAGCUGAGCCUGGUCUUCAGAUUUCUAGUGCCGGAAGGUAUAGUGUGGUUGGAGCUCAGCCGUGUAUGGAAAUUGUGGCGAAAGAGAAUAUGGUUACUGUAAUGGACCAUGAGGAAGGGUUAAAGACGGAGGAGAUUGCACUGGAUCCUUUGGCCAUUCCUCGAAGUAUUAUGGAGAAGUGGAAGCCUCAACUCAUGGAUGAUCUUCCUGAAGCAUUUUGUGGUGGUUGGGUGGGUUAUUUCUCGUAUGAUACAAUGCGCUAUGUAGAAAAGAAGAAACUUCCAUUUGCUAAUGCCCCCAUAGAUGACAGAAGCCUUCCUGAUAUUCAUCUAGGCCUUUAUGAUAAUGUCAUUGUGUUUGACCAUGUUGAGAAGAAAGCAUUUGUGAUUCAUUGGGUUCGGUUAGAUCGUUAUUCUUCUGCUGAAGAAGCCCUCAAUGAUGGAAUGGACAGGCUGGAAACUCUAGUAUCCAGGGUGCAUGAUAUAAUUGCCCCAAGGCUGCCUGCAGGUUCAAUAAAGUUAAUCACUAGCCUCUUUGGUCCUAAACUGGAACUGUCAAACAUGACAAAUGAGGAAUACAAGAAGGCAGUAUUGGAGGCCAAAGAGCACAUAUUGGCCGGUGAUAUUUUUCAAAUUGUGCUAAGUCAGCGGUUUGAGCGCCGAACUUUUGCAGACCCUUUUGAAGUCUACAGGGCACUGAGAAUUGUUAAUCCUAGUCCAUAUAUGACUUAUUUACAGGCCAGAGGGAGUAUUUUGGUUGCUUCAAGUCCAGAAAUUCUUACACGGGUGAAGAAGAGAAAAAUCACCAAUCGGCCUCUUGCCGGGACUGUUAGAAGAGGGAAAACACCAAAAGAAGAUAUCAUGUUAGAGAAAGAACUUUUGAAUGAUGAAAAGCAAUGUGCAGAGCACGUAAUGCUAGUUGAUUUGGGGAGAAAUGAUGUUGGAAAGGUCUCCAAACCCGGUUCUGUCCAAGUUGAAAAACUUAUGAAUAUUGAGCGCUAUUCCCAUGUUAUGCACAUAAGUUCUACAGUCACUGGGGAGUUAUUAGAUGGCUUAACAAGCUGGGAUGUAUUGCGGGCGGCGCUACCUGUUGGUACAGUUAGCGGAGCACCGAAGGUUAAAGCCAUGGAGUUGAUUGAUCAGUUGGAAGUGGCAAGACGUGGGCCAUACAGUGGUGGAUUUGGAGGCAUAUCAUUUUCUGGUGAUAUGGACAUUGCCCUUGCUCUGAGGACCAUAGUUUUCCCUACUAAUACUCGUUUUGACACAAUGUACUCCUACAAGGAUGUGAACAAACGCAGAGAAUGGAUUGCCCACCUCCAGGCAGGAGCAGGAAUUGUGGCUGACAGUGAUCCAGCUGAUGAGCAGAGAGAAUGCGAGAACAAAGCUGCAGCACUUGCACGUGCCAUUGAUCUUGCAGAAUCUUCAUUUGUUAACAAAUGAAUGAUUUGGAAUUUUCCACCAUCUGCGAUGCACCUUGUUAAUUGGCAAUCAUUUGCAAGGGGAAAUUUGGGAGGCAGAUUAUGGGUUUUUUAUCAUCAACCUCUAGGAGAAUCCUGGAAACCAUUUUGUGUUAUAAAAGGAAACAUAACAGUCUUGUUUACCAUUUAUUCCCGUCUUGUUACUUCAGCUGUGGAGCAACAAUACCAAUUUAGGGAGUGGAGUUGAAUGAAUAAAUUAAAGAAAUAGAUGUGUGUUUCGAUCUGCAUUUGGUAGAAUUGAGUUUGAGAGAAUUGAUUUUAUUAAAAGUGAUUUGACUGUAAAUUGAUUGAUUUAUGUUUGGAUGUACACUUAAAAUUAAGUUGAUUCUUAUCAAUAUGUUGUUUGGAUAGUUUA